AUGGAUACCGAAAUGGCUGUUAGUAUGUCAAAUUUCUUACAGGAUCAGGCAGCGAGAGCUCCUGAACAGUUUCAAGAAUAUUAUUUCGUUAUGGAAGAUCUAUAUGAACGAAAAUUAUGGAAACAAUUAACAGAUAAACUUAUUCAGUUUUUCGAAACGCCCGAAACUAUUCCCUUACGACUUGACCUUUACACAAAUUUCGUUAGUGCAUUCCGAUCAGAUAUAAAUCAGCUCAAAGCUGUUUAUAUAGCGUUGAAGGCAUUUGAAUCUUGCUCAAAUGAGGAAGCCUUUCGCAAUUUAACCCAGCUGAUUGAAGGUAUUGAUGAAGAGAAAUUUAAGGAUGCCUAUGUUUAUGCUUUGGUUGCUAUUGGUCGAAUCAAACUUGUCUUUAAUGAUUUGGAUGCAGCAAGAGAUAUUUUAAUUAAAGCCGAUAAAGUUAUUGAGCGAAUUGAUUAUGUGGAAAAUAUCAUUCAUGCUUCAUAUUAUAGCGUUAGUGCGGAUUACUACAAGGCCAAAGCCGAUUAUGCCCAAUACUAUCGCCAUUGCCUUCUUUACCUGUCCUGCGUUGAUUUAGAACAACUAUCUCGAAUGGAAAUGGAAGAGCGCGCUGUUGACCUUAGUGUCGCUGCUAUUUUGGGUGACAUUUAUAACUUUGGUGAGCUUUUGCUACACCCUGUUUUCCAGGUUUUAGUGGGUACUCAGCAUGAAUGGCUACAUGACCUUGUUGUGGCUAUGAAUGUUGGUGACUUGGCUAAAUAUGAGCGUCUCAUGGCACACAUCAACAAAAUUCCUCUUUUGCAAAGUUCUGUGGGUCUACUCGGCCAGAAAGUACGUCUUAUGGCAUUGAUUGAGCUUGUUUUCCAGUUACCUCCCAAUCAACGUACUCUAACUUUUCACACCAUUGCUAAAGCAACUCGUAUCCCUUCCCAUGAAGUUGAGUUGUUAAUUAUGCGUGCCCUCAGCGUUGGUUUAAUUACGGGGUUGAUUGACCAAGUUGCACAGAUCGUAAAUAUUUCUUCUGUUCAAUCAAGAAUCCUCAACCACUCUCAAGUUGCCAGUAUGGAAACACGCUUACGUGAUUGGAAUCAAAACAUCCAUUCAUUGAAUAAUAUUGUUGAAGCUUCUGGCAAAGGAGUUUUUGUUUAA